GAUAUCUAGAAAACAGUAAGCUAAUCUGCACCAUUUGUCCGACAUGUGUGAUUUUGUAUGACGUAAAAGAAAAAAUGCUAGCGAGAAAUAAUCAGCGUAGCGAUAUCUGGUCAAUUAACUGAUUCUAUCACGGGCCUUGGGCAUUUAUUGAAACGCCUGCUAUUAUCUGCUCGGCAGACAACAGGCGCAUCACUGAUAUCUGGAUCCCUUUCCACAUCCAUGAACUAAAUAACGAAUCAAUAUUUUUUAAAUGAACUUCGUAACUAGAUGAGGUCACUGGUGACAUCCUCGGGUCAGAGGCAUCGUGUGCUCCAGCGGAUACUGGAUCGGCCUGGUCUCUUCGGCUUGAUAUCGUACGCCGCUGCAUUGUACUACGCCUCAUUCAUCUUGGACUACAGAAACUCUGAACACACAAGAGUGAGUGAACAUGCUCUAAUGCCUGGAUUGGUCACGGAACGAUUUGACAAAGAUGGCUUAGCUAUAGAAUACCUGCAAGGGCUCAAGGAAAAUGUGAAAUACAAGCAGGACUACAUUUGCAAAUGCAUGGAAGAAGUAGGUCUCCAGUGCCACAAGCAGCGCUGGUGGUCAACUGUAAAGCUGUCGAAUGCCUCUGGCACCAAUGUGUAUGCUGUAUUGCGCGCUACUCGAGCAACCGGAGUUGAGGCGAUGCUGUUUGCUGUUGAUCUGACCCAGAGAGAAGCUUUGGCAAUGACAAUGGCCUACGCUGCAUUUGCCCGGCAACAAGUGUAUUGGGCACGAGAUCUCUUCUUUGUGUUUGUUGACGGAGGUGCAGCAGGCAUGGAUGCUUGGCUUUCCGAAUACCACUUAGUCGAGGGAAAUGCUCUACGUGGUGAACCACUGUCCGCGGUAGGAGGAGUGAUGAUUGGUGGAGUUGUCAUGAAGAGUCAGAAUACACGAGCCAAAGAUCCAGUUUUACGCAUUGAACUAAAUAAUCUGAAUGGUCAGUUACCGAACUUGGACUUAUUCAAUUCUGUUGUGCGAAUUGCUGGAAAAGGAAAAUUUGCUCUUCAAUCAACGGUGUACGGUGUGAGAGAUAUUGAGCAGGGCGGCUCAGAUUGGCAUAUGCUUGUCCCAUUGCGAGCCAUGUACACGCAAGCCUUUGUUGCUGUUGAGGGUAUCCAUAGCGUAAUGGGCAAAUAUGGUGUCCAGGCUCUUACGGUAGCUGUACCAUCGCUCUCUUCGUAUCCACUGAGACAUUCAACAAGGCUGCUUGAAGCCAUUGCGCGAUCAUUGAAUAAUGUAUUGGAACGGUUCCAUCAGAGUUAUUUCCUCUACAUUUUAUCAUCCGUCGAUAAUUUUGUUUCGAUAGCCUACUUCAUGCCGAUUAUAGGAGGAGUUUUACUGCCGCUAUUGAUGUUUGCCUAUCGAGACUGGACCUACCUUACACGCUUGAGUAUACCCAAUUCAUGGCUUUUGAUGCAUGCAAUAGGUCUAUGCACUUGGAUGUUAUCAACAAAGUACUUCGCAGAAUAUUGUGACCGCUGCUCAAAUGAUGUGUUAUACUUGGGAAUCAGCAUGCUAGUGCCAUGGGGAUUGAUUGUACCAACACCUGCGUCAGAAAUUCCGUCGCUACGCUUUCUUUUGUUGUUGGAGUGCAGUUUAGCUGUUGCAGCCGUUUCAUUGCUCAACUUCUCAUUAGCACUGUGUUUCUCGUUGGUAGUGGUACCUGUCAUGAUCAAGUUUACUCAGGACAACGAGCAAAGACCCAGAGCUCUACUGCGAACGGCGUUGGCACUAAUAUGUCACCCAGCUGGUGUGUACGCACUUUUCCUACUCUAUGGUAAACCUUACCUCGGUUACAGUGGCAAGCCUGUAGUACUGAAUACGAGUUUGUUCACCGGUACACUUUUGCGGCUUCUAAAGGAACAGCUGAUAUACGGGUCGUAUGCGUUACCGCUGCUGAUGGUGUUAGUAUUGCCCAUGUGGAACUUGAUAUUGCCACUCGCUCUGGCCAGAACAAAGUCGACUCAACCGUUAUCUGCACCGAACACUGAAGAAGUGUCAAAGGAAAAGGAAAACUAGUACGAUGCAAUUGUUACAACUGUGCUUAUAUUCCCAUCAUUCCUCAUCCCAUAUGUAUUAUCUAUUCCAUGACUAGGAGACGCGAGACCGCAUUUUGGACAUUGCCUUAACAAGUUUGAGUUUGUUCUUCCUUGCUUCCAGAGAGUGGAUAAACCUGGAC